GGAGCGGCCUUGUUCCUCAGCCUCAAGAUGGCGGCGCUCAGCGCCGUGGCCGCGGCGGGGGAUGGAGGGGAGUGAAGCCUGAGGCAGCGGGCCGGGGCUGCCAGCCGCGGGGCCGGGGAUGAGCUGACGGCCGCCAUGGCGAGCGACGCGGGCAGGAAGCAAUUCUGGAAGCGGAGCGGGGCGAAGGUGCCCGGCAGUAUUCAGCAUGUGUAUGGAGCUCAGCAUCCGCCUUUUGAUCCAUUAUUGCAUGGAACCUUGAUAAAACCAGGUUCAAAGCAGCCUACAACUCCAGUGAAACUAAAGAAAGUCAGCACCUUCCAGGAAUUUGAAAGUAACACAAGUGAUGCUUGGGAUCUUGGUGAUGAUGAUGAUGAACUCUUAGCAAUAGCUGCUGAAAACUUAAAUACAGAAGUGGUCAUGGAAACGGCCCACAAAGUAAUUCAGAAUCACAGCAAGCUACAAGAACAGCAUAAAUUUCAGGAAGAACAUCUACAGGAAGAAAAACAAGUAGAAUCUGCAGAGCUGACUUCAAUUGCAUGUGGUGAUAAUAGGCUUGUUAAAUCAGUUAGUGAAGGUCAUACAUCGAGUUCAUCAGAUUAUGCUAGUGAAAAUUCUUCCAUGCAGAGAUCACAGUCACUUCCACAAGCCUCCUCACCUUCCUUGGUGAGUGGAAUGACAGACUGUAAUACCUCAGUAACUCCUGCAUUAACUGAAAGAGAAGCAUCCCGAUUAGACAAAUUUAAGCAGCUACUUGCUGGCCCCAAUACAGAUCUUGAAGAGUUACGGAAAUUGAGUUGGUCUGGCAUUCCCAAACGGGUUCGUCCAAUUGCAUGGAAGCUUCUUUCAGGCUAUCUUCCUGCAAAUGUGGACCGAAGAGAAAGCACUUUAAAAAGAAAACGCAAAGAGUAUUUUGCAUUUAUUGAACAAUACUAUGAUUCCAGAAAUGAUGAAAAUCACCAAGAUACCUAUAGACAGAUCCAUAUAGAUAUCCCACGCAUGAGUCCUGAAGGUUUUAAGCUUCAGCCCAAACUGAUGGAAAUCUUUGAAAGAAUUUUGUUUAUCUGGGCAAUACGUCAUCCAGCCAGUGGAUAUGUUCAGGGCAUAAAUGAUCUUGUUACACCUUUUUUUGUAGUCUUCAUUUGCGAAUAUAUAGAAGAAGAAGAAGUGGAAAAUUUUGAUGUUUCCAGUCUGCCUGAAGAAGUGCUGCAGAACAUAGAAGCUGACAGUUACUGGUGCAUGAGCAAGUUGCUUGAUGGCAUUCAGGAUAACUACACGUUUGCACAGCCAGGAAUUCAAAAGAAAGUGAAAAUGUUGGAAGAACUUGUUAGUCGGAUUGAUGAACAAGUUCAUAGGCACUUGGAUCAACAUGAGGUGAAAUACUUGCAAUUCGCUUUUCGUUGGAUGAAUAACUUGCUAAUGAGAGAAGUCCCUUUACGGUGCACCAUCAGGUUAUGGGACACAUACCAAUCUGAACCAGAGGGUUUUUCUCACUUCCACUUGUACGUCUGUGCUGCCUUCCUUGUCAGGUGGAGGAAAGAGAUCCUGGAAGAAAAAGAUUUUCAAGAAUUGUUGAUCUUUUUACAAAAUCUGCCCACAGUACACUGGGGAAAUGAAGAAAUUAGUGUACUCCUAGCAGAGGCCUACCGAUUGAAGUUCGCAUUUGCGGAUGCCCCCAAUCACUACAAGAAAUGAAUAUAAAGAGCCAGAAAUCAUUAAAAACAACAUUUUAUGCAGUAUUGAAGCAUGUUAUUCUGGUUGUGCUUUCAGCUCAUUGCUCUUUCAUUUGAAAUAAAAUGACCAUUAAAAUUCUGUUAGAAUUUGCAGAAUGAGAAUAGAUUACCAAAGAAAUGGAUCAAGUAGGAUAUUGAGCAUUGAAUGAACUUAAAAGUGAACUUUUUUGCCUCAUGUGAAAAGUGAGUUCAGAAGCCUACGACAUAAUUUUCUUCUUUUUUUCUUCUAAUUAGGAGAAUUGCAGUGGAUUUAAUUUAUAUCGAGCAAGUUCUGUGUGUACCUAAGACUGAAAACUACUUAUGGAAUGAUUUUGUCAUUACUUCCCUGUCAUGUGCCAUGACUUUAUCAGCCAGUUUUGGCCAAUAAAAGUUCUUUAAUUCCAGUGAAAAGAAAAGAAUUUUUCAUAGUUGUAAAGACCAUAUGAGACAGUAACACCUAUGUUUUGAAGUCUCAUUAUAACUCGGAGGACACUGAUAUUCACACACUGUCUGUUGUUUUUCCAUGGAAUUAGGUUAGAAUACUUUAGUCAUAGAAGAAUAUAGAAGGGUGCAAUGGAAAUUGGUGGCAUUUUCUAAACAUUGCUCAGUCUUGCAGGGUGCCGUAGAAGCUUUUUAGCUAUAUAAAGGAGUCACUUAAAGCUGAAGACACAUCUGUAACACUAAAAUAAAUCAUUCUCUCUGUAUUUUGGAGUGGUUUUAAAAAUAUCAAAUGAAUUAGAAGAUGUGGUCUUGUCAAAGUAAUUACACCUCCUCUUUCUUGGUCUUACAAUUUUUCAGCAUGAAAGUUCACUUUUAAGAAAUGUAUUAAAAAGCCUGGUUUACAAAGCAAGAUAUAUUUUUAUCUCAGUUGUUGCCUUAUUUUCCAUUUCUAGGAUGUUAGAAAAGGAAAAUUAAUAUAUCUUUCCAGAGCUUGUUUGUUAAAUACUUUAUUACCUUUUUUCUGAUUAUCACAGGAAACAAGAAGAUAGUUCCCAAUAACAGUAACUAUAGACUGAGAUCACUAUUGCAUCAUUAGUAGAAUAAAAAUCCUCUAUGACUUUAUAUAGAAUGAAAAUAGUGUUUUUUCAUGUAAUCAUGGAAUACUGAAUAAUUCCUUAAAACUUUUAUAAUUUAAGUGCACUAUGUUUUCAAGAAAUCUUUUCAAAUAAGAAUUCUGAUGUUGCUUUAUUGGAUGUAAAUAACUGAUGUUAAUUUGUGCCUACCCUAUAUAUGUACAGGUUAUUAAGGGUUAUUCCAGCAAUAUACUGGAAGCCCAAAGUUGUUAUUCCUUAGUUCAGUUCUCAAGUAGCACAACAUUGCGAGGAAAUAGUGCACUUCUAAGUUUGAAAACAAAAGAUCUUCAAGAGGUUUUCUCUUAUGACUUGUUAUUGGAAGAUUAUUUUCAAGUUCUUAAAAAUGUGUAGUUACAUGUUUUGAAGAAAACUUUCUAGAUGUGUUUUAGGGGCCUUAGUUCUGACUUUUAUAAUAAUUAAGUGUUUCAGGAUAAAUAGAAUAAAAUACAUUUUUACCAACAUGUGAUUAUGAAAAAACUAUUUUAAAACUAUAUUAAAUCAUUGGUAGAAGAGAAAAAAAUUAAUUCAGAAGCAGGAGUGUUUGGUGACUAAGGUGCAUUUCUGUUCCAUUGCAUUUUGAGUUAUGACGGAUACAAGUUAAGGCCUCCUAGACUGCUACAUUUGUGUCUAGAAUGUGUAGUGGAUCUGUGUUUCUUAAGUGAGUGUGUACUAUUUUCUGUAACUUCAGUUCAAUGUCUAAUGUAUCAAGAUUUAUCUUUAUGUUUACAAAAAAUGUCAUAUUGUGCCUAACCAAAUAUCUACCAGUAAUAGAAUAAAAGAAACCUGAGAUUCAUGACGGUUUGCUUUAAACUUAGUAUCUACAAUCGUUUGUUAACAGAAAAGCAUAUUAUUAUAAUAAGAGAAGACACGCAGCAUUAUAUAUACGAUGUUGUAAGAGUUUUCUAUAAUUAACUUUUUUCUAUUAAGAUGUUAUUUUAGGUAGUUACAUGUAACAUGGAAAGUUGACCCAAAGUUGUCUGCUGUGUAAGAUGCUCCUGCAUAAUAUUUAUGGAACUGGAUAUAUUAAAUUCCCUUCAUCGGGUCCACAGUAAUUGUCUACCAUGUCUUCCAAAUUCUACAGGUACCUCGUACUUUCCUUGGAAGAAAGUAUUGCCAUUAGAGGUCACAUUUACUAUUGUGUCUGUGUCAGAAGUUGAAUAUUGUACUUGAGCACAUUGCUUUUUAAGGAUACUGGGAAGUUUCCUAGUAUAGUAACAAUGCUUAUUUAUGUAGAUAUGAACUUUUCUGGAAAAUAUGAUAUAGAUAUAUAAAUAGGAUUUAUAUAUCUAUACAGAUAGGAAUAGUUUUCAGUAAAUAGAAGGCCACCAUUUAUGUAAAAUUUCAAAUUUUCAAUAUUUUAAGAUUUACAUAAAAUAUUUCAUUUUAUUAAAAAAAAAAAACAAAAGCAAAAACAAAAAUCACUUUACAUAACAAUUCUACAUCUCAGGUAAAAUGUCAUUCCAAACAAAAUAUUACAUAGAAAAAUAAAAUAAUGUUAUCAUUAUUACAUCCCGUGUAGUUAUUUUUUUCAAACUUCAGGAUUAUGAGUAUUAUAAAAUUCCUUUGUACAAUGUAUUUUCUUAUGAAGGAGGCAUCUUAACAGAUCACAAGUGAAAUCAGGCAGUAAUUUGCUAGAACUUGUGUGAAAUAUUGGGAUUGUAUUGUCUAAAAUGUGUGUUAAAGAAUUUCUGUAAUAAAAGUUUAAUCAAGAAUGUACAAUAGAGAAAGAUUUAUGACUACAGUAUUUGAAAAAUGUAAAUAAUAAAUUAGUUAACUAUGUAAAUACAGUACAUGGAGUAGGUUAGAAAUGUUAGUUGAAAUCUUAUGUAACUCUGUAUUCUGUUAUAAGAAAUUAGUUUCAUUAUUUUUUGGGUCAGUUCCUUAUGGAAAAGCCCAGGAAUUUCUUUUUAACUUUAGAACUACAGAAUAUAGAAAUCUGAGUUCCAUUGUGUGCGUCUGACAAAUAUUAACACUGAGGCACUGGUUAAAACUGUAAAACUGAUGAAAGAUGUGGAAAUAAAUGCAUAUUUAUGAAGUGCUAUAUAGA